GUAAACCUUGAAUUCGUACAUCGGAGUCUGAGAGAAGAAGAGGAGGCAAAUGAGAAGUGUUUGUGUGCUUUGUUUUUACGAUUUUGUGGCCUGAGUCCCGUGUACACUAUCGGAAAGGCUUGUAUUUACUCGCUAUAGUGUCCGCAAUUUAUCGUGGUUUUAAAAAUCAUGUAACUUUACAUUUACUGCGCGUUAGGUCAUGACCAUUACGAACGAGCCGGAUAUGUCGAUCCAGAAUCACAAUGGACAAGCAAACAAUUUAGGUGUUGCAAUGGCCAUGGGUGCAAAGCAGGAAGUCAAUCCAAGAGAUGCUUACUCCGUGCCAGGGAUUCUUCAUUUUAUUCAACAUGAGUGGGCAAAGUUUGAGCUAGAGAGAUCCAAGUGGGAUGUUGAAAGGGCAGAAUUGGAGGCCAAAAUUGCAUUCCUUCAAGGUGAGAGGAAAGGCCAAGAAAACUUAAAAAAUGACUUGGUCAGGAGAAUCAAGAUGCUUGAACAUGCUCUGAAACAGGAGCGCGCACGGUUCCACAAGCUCAAGUACGGCACAGAUCUAUCACAGGGGGACCUGAAGGAUGCUGAACUGGAUGAAGCACAGGAGGAUGCUGGUGAAGCAGAUCAGCUGAUAAUUGCCAGCAGUGAUAUAUCAUGGCGGCAGGGGCGGCAGCUACUUAGACAGUAUCUGCAUGAGAUUGGCUAUACAGACACAGUGAUUGAUGUGAGAUCAAACAGAGUACGAUCAUUGCUUGGGCUGAAGGAAAACAAAGAUGGAGUACCAGCACAGAGUAUUGAUCCCGUGGCAUCAAAAAGUGAUGUCCAAGCUAAAGUUGCAAGCCAGAAUCAGGCUGGUCUUUUAGCAGAGGAUAUGUUGAGAGAGGCAGAACAGGCUGUGCUAGCGAACUGUCACUUUCUGAACCCUGAUGGGGGUGUUCCUGUUGAUGAUGGAGAUGAAGAUGAGGAAGACUGGAAGAGUGAAGAAAUCAACACAGGAAAACAAGGGAAAUCUCUUGGAGAUGAUGAAAGAGAUUCCUCAAACAUGGCAAUGGCUCUGAAAUCACUGGACUUCAACUUUGGGAACAUGUCUAUGGUGAACCCAUGGGAUGAGAACAGUGCUAUGAGAUUAGCAGCAAGCAAGGAUCCAAGCCUCCAGAAGCCAGGCAUGAGGAUGAACUCAGCCCAUUAUGGAAUGGAAGUCAAUGACGAGUCCUUGGAGGAGAUGGGACUGGGUGAGCUGGCUCAGCUCACAGUGACAAAUGAGGCUGAGGGCAUGUAUGAGUCAGGCACCUCCAAAGAGGCUUACUCAAAGAUGUGGAACGCAAAGUACACGCUGCGCUCGCACUUUGACGGCGUGAGAGCGCUGGCGUUCCACCCCAUCGAGCCGGCGCUGAUCACUGCCAGUGAGGACCACACGCUGAAGCUGUGGAACCUGAUGCGCACCAUCGCCGGCAAGAAGUCGGCCUUCCUGGACGUGGAGCCAGUGUACACGUUCCGCGGCCACCAGGGCGCCGUGCUGGCCACCUGCAUGAACCCGACCGGUGAGCAGUGCUACUCGGGCGGCGUGGACGGCACUGUGCGCGUCUGGAACGUGCCCAACUCCAACAUCGACCCGUACGACGCGUACGACCCGGACGUGCUCAGUCUGACGCUGAGCGGCCACACGGACGCCGUCUGGGGCCUGGCGUUCCACACGCAGAAGCCGCAGCUGCUCUCGUGCUCGGCCGACGGCACCGUGAAGCUGUGGAGUCCCGGCAGCAAGGCGCCGCUGCUGCAGUCGUACGCCGCCGAGCCGGCCAUGGGCGUGCCCAGCUCGGUGGACUUUGUGCACGAGGACUGCAGCCACAUGGUGGCGGCCUACACCAGCGGCCGCUGCGCCGUCUACGACCUGGAGACCUCCAAGGUGGUGAUGCAGCUCGAAUCCAACCAGAACGUGGAGGGCGGCGCGCCGCGCGACCAGGUCAACUGCGUGGUCUCGCACCCCACCAUGCCGGUGACGGUGGCCGCCCACGGGGACCGCCACAUCCGCUUCUACGAUAACGUCACCGGCAAGGUGGUGCAGGCGAUGGUGGCGCACCAGGACGCCGUCACCAGCCUGGCCGUUGACCCCCACGGCCUCUACCUGCUCUCGGGCAGCCACGACUGCAGCGUGCGCCUCUGGAACCUGGAGACCAAACAGUGCGUCCAGGAGAUCACCGCGCACCGCAAAAAGAGCGACGAGAGCAUCCACUGUGUCGGCUUCCACCCGACCAAGCCGUACAUCGCGUCCGGCGGCGCCGACGCGCUCGCCAAGGUGUUUGUGUAGGCGGCGGCGGCGGCGUGGGUACCGCCCCCCCCCCCCGGGCCCAGACCGGGGGCCGAUCUGUUAGUCUGUGUUAGAGGCCGCGCCGGCCGGACGGAGGCGGCCGACUCUUGCCCGAACUGCUGUAGUGCUGUGGAUCUGAAUGUCGGCUCGAUGUUGCGCUCGUAGAUGACCGCACUGCCGCUGUCCUCUCGUGUAGGAUUUUUUUUCUUCGACUGCUGUCCCCGGCUCAGCGCUGUAAUAAGAGGGCGGGACGCAGCCGACGGCCGCCGAGAUCUUCCAGCCUCGUUUUUUCAGGGGUUGUGCUCACCAGACCCCGGCUGUAUAUUUAUCCCCAUGGUUUUAACCGUAUCUAGUCGCGGCCGACUGCGAGUUAUUGUGAAUACCAGCCCCGACGUGGACAAAUUUCUGCUUUAAACCAUUGCAUGUCCCGCGCGCGCGACCCGGUGUCGAUGGCACUUACGUGUGUUCGUGUUCUCUGACAUGUAACCAUUAAUAAACUGUGCUGUCAGUUU